GCUGAAGAAAGAGAAACCCUAGCUCGAGCCUCCAUUCCCCUUUCCCUGUUUCCCAUACCCAUUCCCUUUUGGCCGUGAGAGAGUACCUGAGAGCUGAGAGCCUGAGAGUCUGAGAGAGUGUGAGAGAGUGUGAGAGAGUGAGAGAGACCCGUUCAGCCAGCGCCACCUCACUCGGCUCACCGUGCUCGCAGGAGGCAACCGCACCGCCCGCCACAGCCAGCGCCACCUCCAUCGAAGAUUCGAACGUCGUCGUUUCCUGUGUCCGUCGCCUCCUGCUACUGCUACUGCUCGUCGCCUCCUGCUAUUGCUACUGCUCGUCACCUCCGGUCUCCCUCUUCUCUGCCGGCAGUGCAUCAGCCAGAGCCAGAUGUUGAUUGCUGGAAUCCUGAAAUCUUGAAGCAAGAAAUUUCUGGUUGCAGAGUGCUACAUUGAAAUGGGUUGGAAAGCUGCAGAGAAACUUAUUAGACACUGGAAAAUUGUCAGAGGUGACAAUGUUAUGAUUAUAAGGGGUAAAGAUAAGGGUGAGUCUGGGGUCAUUAAACGUGUUAUUCGUUCCCAGAAUCGUGUUAUUGUCGAAGGUAAAAAUUUGGUAAAGAAACAUAUCAAGGCAGGGCCAGGUCAUGAAGGGGGGAUCUUUACAGUUGAAGCCCCUCUUCAUGCCUCCAAUGUGCAAGUCAUUGACCCAGUUACAGGGAAGCCUUGCAAGGUUGGGAUUAAAUAUCUUGAAGAUGGUACUAAAGUCAGAGUAUCCAGAGGAAUAGGAACAUCUGGGUCCAUAAUCCCUCGACCUGAGAUCCUCAAGAUAAGAACUACACCAAGACCCACACAACCUGGUCCCAAAGAUACUCCAAUGGAGCAUGUGUUAGAGAAGACUUAUGAUGCUAAAACAGGGAUGGGCAUGCCUGAUCUUUGAAGGGCUUGGAUACCUUGUUCCAAGUUUUUAAUUAGGUAGCUGUUUUGGCAAUGAAUUUGGUUAUGGCAUUAGUUUUUCACACGUUUCCAUUUACCAUGCUUUAAUAUGGAUUUGAUUAAAUUCUCCUAGUAUAUGUAUUUCAAUGUGAUCGAAUCCAGGGUCAUCCCAUCACUUGUAACUUUUUGUUUACUACUAGUAACUAGUAAUGCUAGUAGCAAUCAUAAUAUAUUAAUAAAAAAAAUAUUUUACAA